UGCCAUCCGAGAAGGAUGAAUCCAAUGCUCGAUGACAUGCGAUGCCCCACGCCCCGAAAUGUACGAGGUCCCGUGACUUGGUGCUUAUCGCGAUAAGAUAAGGGAUGACUGAUCCUCGAUAAGAAACCAGACGGGGAGGGAAAAAAAAAGAAAAAGAAAAAAAAAAGGUUGGCGGCCGAACGAGUUUGUCUCCGCAACUUGUAAACCAUCCUCCCAUAUCUCCCUCCUUAAUCAACGAUCCAACACCGGCAUAAUGCCUCACAAACACAAAAGACGUCAAAAUGACUCAAAGUAAGAUGCCCCUCUUCAAUAGAUUCCAUGACCCUCUACUCACAAAAUCCGCAGUAUCUACGACCUCCCCCCGUCCAUGAUCGCAAAGCCUCUCCCCGUCCGAGACCCCCAAGCCCAAUCCAAAUCCAAAAAGAAAGGCGGCAAAGAUGCGAAGAAGAACCCCCCUCCAACCCAGCAGUCCGACUACUCGCGCAAAGCCGGCACGGGCGAUGAUACCCCGAAAGCCUUCCUCCGGUUGAUGCAGCGCCAGAACGCGGGCGCUCAACCGUCGUCGAAACCCGACGCCGGCGAAAACAAGAAACGGAAGCGAGGAAAGACAGAAGACUCCACGGCCGCUGCGCGGAAAAAGCCGGCGGCUGCGAAGGCGAAGGCGAAGACAGAGGAGCCCAAGACCGAAACCGAGGCCCCAGUUGUUUCGAAACCGAAAAUCAUGCCCGGGGAGAGAUUGUCGGACUUUGCGGCUCGUGUGGAUCGGGAAUUGCCUAUCUCUGCGAUGCAAAAAUCUAGUAAACCGACUGCAUCAAAUAUACCGGGCCUAAAAGAGGAGCAUCGCUUGACGAAACACGAGAAGCAUCUGCUGCGGCUUCAAAAGCAGUGGCGCGAGGACGACGUGGCGAUUAAAGAGAAAGAGGCCGCUGAGCGAGAGGAACGACAAGAGGAGAUGGAAGAGCAAUUACGGCUCUGGAAUGAAUGGGAGCUGGAGGCUGGGAAGGGCAGGGCUAAGAAGAAGGGCGCUUCUUCCAAGAGGAAGAAGACGACUGACGGGGACGCGGUUGACGAUCCGGACCCCUGGGCAAAGUUGGCCAAGCGCGAGCGCAUGAAGAAGGCGAAUCCCUUCGAGGUUGCCGAGGCACCGCCGCAAUUAACGAAACCGAAGGAAAUCUUCAAGGUUCGAGGCGGAGCAAAAAUUGAUGUUGCGAACGUCCCGACAGCGGCAGGAAGUUUGAGAACGAGAGAAGAGCUCGCAGGCGAGAGAAGGAACAUCGUGGAGCAGUACCGGAAGUUGAUGGCAGAGAAGCGGCAAUGAUU